CGCGUAUCUUCGCAUAUAUUUACAAUUUGGAUUAUUAAUAUAAAAGUCAGAAAUAUGGAAACUACAGACAUUUUCAACUGCAACAGAGUUAAUGCAGGAGACACAUCUACGUUAACACCUGUGAAACCUAGAUUGGGAAAAUUCAUCGAUGUUUACUCACCUGAACAUCUGAACUUGACACCGAAACCUAGAAAUAAGAUACCUUUUAAUGACUUGAGGAAUGAUUGCCCUAACUUGCAUACACCAGAAAAAUAUACAGAGAUUGAUUACAAAUGCAGGACGGUCAAGCCACCACCACGCAAGCAUCAUGCACUUAGCAACUAUUCCUUUGAAGGCAAUCAAAGCUUUCCACGUUUGAGCCGCAGAAUCAGGCCCAUUAAAAUGGAAUUGGAAACACCUACGAAAGUAAAACCUGCUGUAGAUUUAGUGAGGGUGGAUGGACCAAAUGGUCUUCGCUUCAAUACAUCCCUGGCUGCAGGUGAUGUUACAGGAUCUCCAGCACUCUCACAGACUGAUAGGUUACAACAGACCAUCAAUCCAAGCAAGGCUGUGUUUACUAUUGAACCAAGUAGUUCUAAAAUUCUCAUAGUAAAUAACAAAGCUUGCUCGCUACUAGGCUACUCAUCAGGUGAAUUGUGUGGACUACGUUUCUCAGACUUGCUCCGAAACAGGAGCUGUAAGACCUUUAAUCUACAGGACCCUGAAGAUGCUGACGCUUCUGAGGAUGGAACUAUUGUAUUACUUAGUGGAAAGGUAGUUGAACUCCUGACAAAAGAUGGAGGCACAGUCCAAGUAUCAUUGUGGAUUAGACAACUGGACAGUGAUGGUCCUUGUUUAGUGGUUGCUGAGCCUGUCAGCUGCAAAAAUGUUGUGCUAACAGUGGAAGCAGAUACGGGACUGAUUGUUUCAUGCUCUGGCGAGGAUGCAGCAUUACUGUUCCAGGCUGACUCCAAUGACAAACUUGUGGGGUUGCCCAUCGCAUCUCUCAUACCGUCCAUACAACUGCCAGCCCAUGAUGUACUUAUCACAAAAAGCUUGUCUAAGCAAAAAGCUACAGGGAGAACUUUAGACGGCGGAUCUUUUCCUCUUUGUCUUUGGAUAUCAAAAGCAGAUAACACAGAAACAGCUAUGUGGACCAUGAAGACUCACAAGGAUCGACCACUGUUUGACAUUAACGUUAGGGUGACAUACAAUGUUAGCGGUUUACUAGUUGUAGACGAGAGUGGCAUCAUUACAGCUUGUAACCAUCACUUUGCGAUGCUAACAUUCGGCAAACCGCAUUCCGAAGUGGUCGGCCAUCAUAUUGAGGAAGUUAUACACAAUUUCUGUCGAGAGUCAGAUAUGGUAAAGGUGACAGAUAGACACAGAAAUAUGACACUGUCGCCUGUGAACAACGAAAAUGGUUCAGUGGUAUCAGACACAGACGAUGACUCAUGUGGUGCAUUCAACGGCAGCCAAAAAUCAGCAUGCAUGUCUCUUAACGUCCAGCCUUCUAUGCUAUCCAUGACAAGAGAGAAAUCGUCCAGCGCUCUCUGCCUUGACAAAUCAUGCAGCCUCAUUACCCACACUCCCACGCCUACGCAGGAUAUGGUGUCCAGUAUAAGCACCACUGAGCAAAGAAAUGACAUUUCUGCGCUUCCUGACGUGACUUCCGGCAUGUCUGGUAUUUCAAUAGACGAAGAGAACUACUGCCCUAGUAGCAUUUCGAAGUCGCGAUCUGAAAAUAUCUUACGCUCCGAACAAAGCAAUGUAUUAAUUAAACAGACAUCUACUAAACCUUCAGAAAAGUCUGAUUCUAUAUAUUACACGUCGCAACAUUCUCAAGAGGUAACGCCCACGGGGAAUGCUCCGCGUGUACGAUUGAAUGAUCCGUCACUAAGACUUUCAUUUGACUCAAGUAAAUAUAGAUCGUUGAAAGUCAACUUGCCCGGUCAAGUAAGAGAUGAUAGGAGCAGUCUAUCUCUGGACUUUUGCGAUUCGAACGAAACGAGCGCGGACUUUCUGACACCUAUAAAUGAGAUGCCUCCACCUGGUUGUGAGAUUGAAGAGUUGCCAAGACAUAAUGGUAACGAAAGUGUAGAUAGUUUCAGUAAUGAUAAUGAUUUAGAGACUCAAACAGAGUCAGCACCGAGACGUAAAUAUGAAGAUGAGGAGGCGGUGACGCCUUGUGUGAUGCGGCGUAGUACUGCGCGUGCGCACGUGACGUCGACCCCGCACCAGCACGCAGCUGUCGCACGAGCCCCGCUCGCAACUCGAGACGCUCGCGACGGCACCUACCGCGGACUCGUGCUGCACCGCGACGGCACGCAGCUCAGUGUGCUGUACACUGUGUCGAGCAUGCAGUUGUCGACUGGUAGAGUAGCGUGUGUGUGGCUCGGCGUACAACUCUCCAGUGACGACGCACCGCGACAUGUCACGCUCGCUUCCAGUCUCGCAUCCACCGCUGACAACUCGCUCGUACUGGGAAAUAAGUCAGUUAGCAGUCGGCCGCAGUCGAUGUCACUGAUGAGUCAGUGUGGUGAAGAACAAACGAUUGGAGAAUACAGUAAACAAUAUGUUACGCUCAAACAAAUUGGUAAAGGCGCAUACGGAUGUGUGAAAAUGGCGUAUCGACGGUCGGAUAAGUUGCUAACGGUCGCAAAGUUUAUAUUGAAAGAGAAAGUUGGCGCUCAGUUCUGGGUGGACGGGCCUGAUGGUAGACGCCUCCCGCUCGAACUCAGCCUGUUGCUGACGUUAAAACAUCCUAACAUUGUGAGUGUGGUAGAUGUGUUUGAAAACGACAAGUACUUCCAAAUGGUGAUGGAAAAGCAUGGAGCUGGUAUGGACUUGUUUGAAUUCAUAGAACGACGGCCAAGACUAGACGAGCCACUCCUCUCAUAUAUAUUUAGACAGAUAGGACAAGCUGUAGAAUACUUGCAUUCACUAAAUAUUUUACAUCGCGACAUAAAGGACGAAAAUGUGAUCAUAGACAAUAAGUUCCAUGUAAAAUUGAUAGACUUCGGCUCUGCAACGUUUAUGAGUAAAGACACGCUGUUUUCCACCUUCUAUGGUACUACAGAGUAUUGUAGUCCGGAAGUUUUGGCGGGAAACAAGUAUGCUGGACCCGAAUUGGAAAUGUGGUCGAUGGGGAUAACGCUGUAUGUGCUGACAUUCUUUGUUAACCCAUUCUCUGACAUCGAGGACACAAUACAGGGCCCGCUGGCGCUUCCGCAACUGGUAUCUGAAGAACUGGAACAGCUGCUACGUUGGAUGCUGUGUAAAGAACCGUCACAGCGAUGCGCGGUGACACAGCUGAUGGCGCACCCCUGGAUCCGGCAACCAGUCACCAUUACCAACUAUAUCUUCCACGAGAUCGUGGACUGCGAUCGUCAUGAAGCAAAUCCAGAAAUGUACUAUAAUGGAAGCUUGGGUUCGCCUCGAAGUGGAUCCCCAGUUUCCCUUGCUGACCCUCAUGUUAAAGAGCAGUCAAACGAGGUGGCGGUGCGAUCGGAUGAUAAGAACGUGUCUCGAUCAGAAUUAAAGCGUGGCUCGCUAGCGCUGCAGCCGCUCACAGCCGACCGCGACGCCCACUCCGACAACUAUAGCCUCCGCUCCUCUGCUGACAUACUGGAUAUAUCAUCUAAGCCAGUAUCGGAGGCUGCCCUGACAGACAUCAGCUCGGACGCGACCGGCCACGCUGCCUGCGAUAUCGACUAUGAUUGCGACCAUUACGAGUGCGACAGCUGGGACGAGUGCGAGCAGGACAGCUUCUCAUAGUUAGACGGAGAUAGGUAUACUUGAGUUUAGUCUCUGUCAGGUGUGACGAUUAUGAGGAUGCAUUGAUUUUUAAUAGAUGUAAUGUCUGCACUGAUACGGAUAUUAUUGAUGUCGUAACUGCAUAAUAACUUUGCCUGUCCUUAGUGCAUAAGUUAGGUGUUACAUUACUUAAUUCGUAUUGGAUUUUAAUUGAUGUGGUAAUAAAUUUAAAUAUUUUUGUGCUGGAUCGGCUAUUCUACCAAUAAGUAACUUCUAUGGUAUACAAGACAUGUUUUUAAAAUGAUGCGACUAAAUGUUAUUGUUUAGGUGAAACAAUUUUACCAUUGAUAUGUGUCUGAGACCAAAAAUUUAUUACUAUGCUUACUUCGCUAAGAUUACAUUUUUUAUGAAAGAAAUUCAAGAAUUUCCUAAUAAUAUCCUUCGAGAUCUUCAUUCUAAUUAUUUGGAUAUACAAUCCAAUGUUUGAAAUA